AUGAAAAAAACGGGCUUCGUGAUAUUUGUAGUUACAAUUUAUAUCGAAGCAUGGUUUAAAGCGCCUUCCGCUGCAGCCGCACCAUAUCAAGAUUUACUAUUUAUACGAAAAUUGUACAACUAUGGUUCAAUUGAUAAUAAUAUAUCUAGGGUAGCACUGAAUAAAUGUCGAAAUCAUUUGUGGUAUCUAACAGCCGAAGCAGUUGCAUUGGCAUUUUUCGAUAAGACUAUUUCUAUUGAAUCAAAAAGAAAAAUGAUAGUUAAACUAACUAACAAAAUAGGUUCAAAUGAAAAAAUCAAACGACUAAAUUUAAAAGAAUCAGAAGUUCCAGAAUUUGUGAAAAACGAAAUAGAAUUUUUCGUCUCAAGUGAAACAUUAGAUUUCUUCAAAAUAUUUAACUUGGAUACAGAAUUUCUUUUAAAUGACCCAUCAGAUUGGAGUGAAAACUUAUCUUUUCAAAAUGCAUUGCAAAUAGUCACUAAACUGAAAACAGUCAAUGAUACGGCCGAGAAGGGAAUACAAUUGAUUGAAGACUACAAUUCAAUACUCACCACCAAUGAGGAACAAAAACAAUUUGUGUUACAAAUUGUAAGUGAUUAUAGAAAAAUAUUUCCUGACUGCAAAAAGGAAACAUUAAAAAAAAAUUGUGACAGGUAUUAUAUCUAA